AGAGUAAACUCAGACACACCUCUCUUUCUCACGACACGCCCCCCUUUUCUCCGCUCUUUUUAUCGGCAAUGCGUUGGGUGGAGUGAAAUAUUGAAAUUGAGCUGAGCAGCGCGUGUGCUCUCGGGCUAGCUAGCUCCGACCUCUCUCUUUCGUCUCUUUCUCUGUCGGCUUUUGCCGCCUGGGCUGGCGUGGGUGUGUAGGCGACCGCUGUGCUACCUAUAAUUUGCAAGAGGACUAGUGAAUGGAAAGAACUUCUGCCCCUGCUGCACAUCCAGCGGGAGAGGGAACCGAAGAUACGUUUUAUAUUACACCGGUCGCUGCUGCCCAGGGUUCCAGGGAGGUAGGUAGCUGAAGCAUCCGUGCUUGUUGCUCUGCGUUUGUCGUGUGUUGUCCAACUCGGUACUGGAAUACAGUAGUGUUAGCAAUAAUGCCCAGUACCACAUGUAGUAGCUGACCGUCGCUGUCUACCUGCUUACACAUAGUUGCCAUGCCCACAUAUGUAUACAAUACCACUACUCCUAACGGAAGGGGCAGCUCAAACAAUUGCAGCGUUCUAGGGUGAGUGCUCCCUUACUUUCAGUGAAAACCAAAUUAUUGUCCGGUGAAUGUGAUAUACGAUAAGCAGUCUUGUCGCCAUUCACUUUCUUUCUCCCAUCCUUUCUCUCUGCUCCCUCCCUUCAUCCCUCCUCUUCCCUGUCACUCAUUUCUCUCUCUCCGCUCUUCCCUAUUACUCUAUCCUCCCUCCCUCCUCUCACUCUGGCCCUCAUGCUGGUGGAGAAAGGAGCUAGAUACAAUGGCCCACAGUAGAGGUGAGGGAGGUGGAACUGGUGGAACUACACCAAAACCAAACCCAAACCCCUCGGCCUCUGCUGGACAGACUCCUAGUAACAUGGAUCUAGCACACGCAAACAGAACAACAGACCCCAUAGACCUGACACAGGAGGACAAUGCUCUGCAGAAGGCCCUGGCACUCAGUCUCCAGGAGAUGCAGCAGGGCUCCACCGGAGGACCUCAGAUCAGCCUCGAGGACCAGGAACUCAGCAGGGCUCUAGAGGCCAGUCUGGCAGAGAGGCAGGGGGCCCUCCAGCAGAUCGGACUCUCUCUCGCUGGCAUCUCUGUGGAUCCUCUCAACCCCCACGAGAGACAGCGACUCGGGCACAACCCUGUCGGCUUGAAGAACAUCGGCAACACUUGCUGGUUCAGUGCCGUCAUACAGUCUCUAUUCCAUAUCCCGGAGUUCCGUUCGGUGGUGCUCCAGUUCCAGCCGCCGGCACUGCCCUCCCCGGACCAGCCACACCACCACUGCCUCCUCUUCCUCGUGGAGCUGCGCAGACUGUUUGCUCUCCUCCUGGCUACCAGACGCAAUGAGCACUGCCAGGUGUUGUGUACGAUAUGUUGCUCGCUUGCUCUCUCCAGCCCUAACCCAGUGGUGAGACUGUUCACGGGCCACUGUCAGACCGAGGGACUGCUGGAGGGACAGACAUUCGUCAACGAAUCCGACUUUGGUGCCUUCCCCAUCCAGGUACAGGGCCACGCCCACCUUCACGACAGUCUGGAGGCAGCCUGCGUCAGCUCUGAUAUGGGACAGGAGACGUGGUUCACGGCCCUGCCUCCCAUUCUGGUGCUGGAGCUGUCCCGGUUCUCCUUCAACCAGAGCAGCUCCACGGCAGAGAAGCUGCACAGUCGACUCGCCUUCGACCAGACCCUCUCCAUGGACCGCUACCUCCACAGGAACAGGGAGAAGGUGCGACUCAGGAGGAGAGAGGUGGCCGCUCUCAAACACAAGUUGCUGGAGCUCAGGAGAAGACUGGCCAGGUUCACCUGCUACCAAGGGCACAGUGUGAGCAUCCAGCAGGUGUUGCAGAUGACACUGGACUUUGCCAGGGAGCAGAGCAGUGCUGUGAGGGAAGAAUCAGUUAGUGGGGAUGAAGAUGGGAGGGGGAGGGGAGGGGAGAGCCAGGUGGGGAUGGGGGAGAAGUACCCGCGGAUGUCCGUGGGGCCCGAGCCUCGCUACAUCUCUCCCGAGGAGAGAGCUACACUGGACCAGUGUCUCGGGAGAUGGAGAAAUGAGGUCGAUGAAGACAUUUCAGACCUGAGAGAGAGUGUGUCGACUACGGAGGACUCCCUGAGUGCUGUGUACAGCGACGAGGCCAUGAACACCGUCUCCUACCACCUCCACGCCGUCCUAGUCCACCAGGGCCAGGCCUCCGGCGGUCACUACUGGUCCUACGUCCGCAGACCUCCCUCUCUUGUCAUAGAGACACUGCCCCCCGCCGCCACACCGGGCAGCAGUAGUGUCGUCGACCAGCUCCAGGUUCCUGCUGCUGCUGCGAUGAUUCGUGGUGGGCCAGAGGUGGUGAUGAGUGGUAGUCCAGCCAUGUCGACCGAGUCUGGAGGAGGAGGGGAGGAGGGCGGGGCGAGAGGAGAUGCCGUGAAGGGUGGUGAGAAGCGGCAGGAGGGGCGAAGGGGCUCUGACCGGGAGAAGAGAGGAGGAGGAGGGUGGUUGAAGUUCAACGACGUGAGUGUUCACGAGGUUGGUUGGGAGGAGGUGGUGAAGGAGUCUUACGGAGGACACCACAACACCAGUGCCUACUGCCUCAUCUACCUCAGCCCCCUCCUCCACCACUCGUGGGCCAGCAGUGAUGAGGAGAAUGAGCUGGCAGGUGAUCUGAAAGAGAUAGUUGAGGAGGACAACGAGGCGUUCAGACAGGAGAAGGCCGACUAUGAUGCCAGAAAAGAGCAGCAAGAGAGACUACGAGAGGCUGGGGAAGGAGGAGCAGACAGCUGCCAGUCGCAGAGUUCUUUGGCUCCGGUCGGUGGUGCCACUUCAGACGAUGCCAGACCGGUCGGACCAAAACAUGACCGCAGCCCCGAGCAGAUGCAGGUGGACUCGCCACCGCUGCCACCGGUGGAUGCUGCCCUGACUACGGAGCUACAGCUACAGGUCCAGACCCAGUACCGUCACCACUCCCUCUACCAGAGACUGGAGGGACGAGAGGGAGGGGACUCAGAGGUCGAGGUUCAAAUGAGGCUCUCCCACAUCUGUUCCUACGUCAUCCUCUCGGAAUUGACCAAGAACGAGAUGGUCGCCCCAGCACUGCAAGUGUUCCUGCUGCAGGCGGUGGAGAUGGAGUGCGAGGGAGAGGAGCUGCGCCUGCUGGCCAAGAAGGAGAUCGUUUCGGUGCUCAUUAAACCCGGGGUCCAGCAUAUGAUGAAUGAGCUUCGUGGGUUACACCAACAACUGAAAAUCAUCACACAUCACUUCAUCUACGGAGUCCACUGUCUUGCUCAGAAAAAGCUGGAGAGUGCCCUGGUCCGAUCGGUGUAUGCCUACAAACUUAACUGGGAGCUGACUAGGCGAGCAGGUGACAGAGCUGGUCUCAAAUCAUUGAUACUCGGAGUUCUCAGAAGAAGAGCACUUAUGGAGGUGAGCCGGGGUGCCAUAGGUCUGUUUGACCAGGGCAACGUGCGGGCAGCGCUAGAGAUGGCCACCGAUUUCCUGGUCCCAACGCUCAAGUCAAUGUCGGAGCUGCGGUGUCAGGGGGACGACGGUGUGAUGGAGAGAUCCCCCGACCUGGAGCUGCCGCCGGUCCCGCCCACUCCCGCCCUCGACCCCUCCAGUCUCUCGUCAGACUACAACACUGUCCUCCAGCAACUCGGACAACUAGUCAAGUCCUAG